AUGGAAUUGGAGGGAGAGGAUGCUGAAGAUGAAAUUUUAGAAGAUAAUAGCUCCAUGAUUUUGCAGGAUGACAAUGAGAAAACCCAAUUACCUGAUGAAUGGAUCUAUGACCUGCAGUUGAAGAACCAAAGCUUCCUUGUCAAAAAUACUGAUAGUAAUAGCCACAGCUCUGUGGUGUCACAGCAAGUGAAUCAAGGCCCUCACUGUGAAGCUUCUCAGCCAACAGAAAAGAUGGAUGAAAAUGGGGGUGAUAUAGCAUGGACUCAGCCCACUGCAGAAGAUAAGGAGAAGUACAGAUCUGAUAGUUACCUGGAAAAGACAAAGAAGGUUAACAAGAAACAACAGUGGGGCCCUGUAAUUCCAUCAAGGAGGAGUAGCAGACUCAUUCAUAAUGGCAAGACUGUUUUGGAAAAUGCCCAGGAUUUCAAGAGAGAGUGGAACUUAGAAGACAAUGCAGGUAUAAGCAAAAAUCCCUUCAAAUCCCAUGUUGUUUCUAAAAAAUUAUUAAUAUAUGUGGCCAAGGAUAUUGGCAUUGGAAUAGAGGAUGGAAAUCCUAUUUUAGAUAAGAUGGUAGAUUUGGAUUCAAUUAGAAUAGCAGAUAUGCAAGCUAAAUGUAGUCACUAUGGUUGUUCCCGUCAAACUCUGGACACAGGAUUGUGUUCUCAGGCCCAAUUAGAGAAAACAGAUAGUGGGACUAGUACACCUCAGAAGAAUGAUCAGGAUGGAAAGCCUGAUCAAGUUAAGGACGACCAGGAAUUGGGUUGGUCCAAAGUAGGCCCUAGGAAAAAGAAUAAGAAAAAGUAUAAAUGA